CUUUUCUUGUUUGGUUGAAGAGGCAGGUCUCCUUUCCCUCUCUCUUCAACUUUUUUACUGUUUAGAUCGAAAAACUUCGAAGGGAAAUUCCAAUUCCAUGGCCUCCAAACGGAUCCUCAAGGAACUCAAGGACCUUCAGAAAGAUCCUCCAACCUCUUGCAGCGCUGGCCCUGUAGCGGAAGACAUGUUUCAUUGGCAAGCAACUAUAAUGGGUCCCCCUGAUAGCCCUUAUGCCGGAGGAGUUUUUCUAGUUACCAUUCAUUUUCCUCCUGAUUAUCCAUUCAAGCCACCCAAGGUUGCAUUUAGGACCAAAGUUUUCCACCCAAAUAUCAACAGCAAUGGUAGCAUUUGUCUUGAUAUCUUGAAGGAGCAGUGGAGCCCCGCUUUGACAAUAUCUAAGGUGCUGUUAUCCAUUUGUUCCCUGUUGACGGAUCCAAACCCAGAUGAUCCCUUAGUGCCUGAAAUAGCUCAUAUGUACAAGACAGACAGGUCCAAGUAUGAGACCACUGCUCGGAGCUGGACUCAGAAGUAUGCAAUGGGCUAGCAAGAAUGUUGGAAGGUUGAUUGCUCUUCUCUCCCCUUAUAUGCUAAAAACUGUCAAAAUACCCUACCGGAGCUUCCGGUAAGAUUCUGCAUUUUAAGCGGGUUGGACGAGCAAUCACUUGUUGGAAGUAUCUGUUCCUUUAGUUCCAUUUGUUAAGUGUCAUGAUGUAUAAUAUCAUAUUAUAUCUCUUUUCAUUCCUGCCUUUAACAUAUUGAAGGGUAGAUCUUUCUGUGUUUCCUGUCUGAGUAACAAAACGAUUGUUUGUUUGUACUAAAAUUCUGCUUCUAAUGUGAAAUAUCUGAACCCAAUAAUAUUAAUAUCAUAUCUUUUAAGUAAA